AGCGUCACUGCUAUUCGCUUUCGAACCCCACCUUCCCCACUCUCACAAUUGGUUACUCGUCGCGCCUCCCUUUCCCCUCCUCCGUCCCUCGCUCCUCCCCCUUCCCGACCUCGAUCCAGCACGGGAGCACCAAAAUGGAUCGGCCGGCGCCGGAUCAGCGGCCUUCGCUCUUCUCGCCCUACCAGAUGCGCCGCUUCAGCCUCUCCCACCGGGUGGUGCUGGCGCCGAUGACGAGGUGCAGGGCGAUCGGCGGGCUGCCGGGGCCGGCGCUGGCGGAGUACUACGCGCAGCGGUCCACCCAGGGAGGGCUGCUCAUCUCCGAGGGCACCAUCAUCUCUCCCGCCGGCCCGGGGUUUCCUCAUGUGCCUGGAAUAUACAAUCAAGAGCAGAUUCAUGCGUGGAAAAAGGUGGUGGAUGCUGUUCAUGCCAAGGGAAGCAUCUUCUUCUGCCAAUUAUGGCAUGUAGGCAGAGCCUCUCACCAAGUAUACCAGCCAAACGGUGCUGCUCCAAUAUCUUCAACUGACAAGCCAGUAUCAGGAAGGUGGAAGAUACUGAUGCCUGAUGGCUCCUAUGGAGUGUAUCCCAAGCCAAGGCGCCUUGCCACAUCCGAAAUACUCGACAUAGUUGAGCAAUAUCGCCAAGCUGCCAUAAACGCCAUUGAAGCAGGUUUUGAUGGCAUCGAGAUCCAUGGUGCUCAUGGGUACAUCAUUGAUCAAUUCCUCAAGGAUGGCAUCAACGACCGCACAGACGGGUACGGUGGCUCACUCCCGAACCGUUGCCGGUUUCUGCUUGAGGUGACCAAGGCAGUGGUAUCUGCCAUUGGAUCAGACCGAGUUGCAGUGAGGAUAUCACCAGCCAUCGACCACCUCGAUGCCUACGACUCAAACCCCCUGCAGCUCGGCACCGCUGUCGUCGAAUGGCUUAACGCCCUCCAGAAAGAGUCUGGACAACUUGCUUACCUCCAUGUGACGCAGCCAAGGUAUGCGGCUUAUGGUCAGACCGAGUCGGGACCGCACGGCAGUGCUGAGGAAGAGAGCCGGCUCAUGCGCACCCUGCGAGGCGCCUACCGAGGCACGUUCAUGUGCAGCGGAGGCUACACGCGGGAGCUCGGGCUGGAAGCGGUGGAGAGCGGUGAUGCUGAUCUGGUGUCUUAUGGGCGGCUGUUCAUAUCUAACCCGGACCUCGUCGAGCGGCUCAGGCUGAAUGCGGACCUCAACAGGUACGAUAGGAAAACGUUCUACACUCCUGAUCCUGUGGUGGGUUACACCGACUAUCCGUCCCUCGCAAAGCCAAAAUCACGCAUGUAGUAUAUAUAAUAUAACUAGAGAGGUGAUUGGGUAAUGUAUCUGAAGAAAUAAAGAAAGUUAUGGGGAGGUGAUUCAAUGUAUAUUUUUUUCCUGUCAAAUGUAUUUUUACCGGGUGUGUCUGAUGUAUUAAUGAUUUGCUUGCAUAGACUGCAGUCUUGACAAAACGAAGACUUUUCCCUGCAAUCUGAAAUGAGGAAAAGCUUAUCACCUUUUUUACGGAAAAA